GAGUGCGGGCAAAGGCCCGAAGGGCACGCCGACCAGCAGCUUCUUUUCCGCCGCCUCCCCUCACCACUUUUCCCUCUGCUGUGCUGUGCUUGCCGCUCUCCGCCUCUCCCCGAUCUCCACUCGGCUCGUGCCGCUUCCAACUCAUUCGACUGGAUUCGAGCGCUCGACAUCCGCGGAGCCUUGGCCGCGAGCCUGCGAUUCGAAUCCUGAGGACGAGAUCGACGGAGCCCGGCGGCAGCGACCGAGUUCCGGCCGCCAAUGCCACCGCUGCUCUUGCUGCUCCUGUUGGCUGCGGCGCUGGCGCUGGCGCCGGCGCCGGCGCGGUCGGGGGACCCGUACGCCUACUACGACUGGGAGGUCUCCUACGUCUCCGCGCAGCCCCUCGGCGUCAAGCAGAAGGUGAUUGGCAUCAACGGCCAGUUCCCGGGCCCUCCCCUGAACGUGACCACCAACUGGAACGUGGUGGUGAACGUCCGCAACGCGCUGGACGAGCCGCUGCUGCUCACCUGGAACGGCGUGCAGCAGCGCAAGACGGCGUGGCAGGACGGCGUGCUCGGCACCAACUGCGCCAUCCCCGCCGGCUGGAACUGGACCUACACGUUCCAGGUCAAGGACCAGGUCGGCAGCUUCUUCUACUUCCCCUCCACGCCGCUGCACCGCGCCGCCGGGGGCUACGGCGCCAUCACCAUCAACAACCGCGACGUCAUACCCAUCCCCUUCGGCUUUCCCGACGGGGACAUCACGCUCUUCAUUGGUGACUGGUAUAACCGUGGCCACAGGGAGCUCAGGAGAGCGCUCGACGGGGGCACCCUACUGGGCGCCCCUGACGGCGUGCUCGUCAAUGGAUUCGGACCCUACCAGUACAACCAAUCCGUGGUUCCACCAGGGAUUGUCUAUGAGAGGAUCAAUGUCGAGCCAGGGAAAACUUACAGGUUUCGGGUACACAAUGUUGGGGUCUCAACAAGCCUCAAUUUCAGGAUCCAGAACCACAACCUGCUCCUUGUUGAGACCGAAGGCUCCUACACCUCGCAGCAGAACUACACCAACUUGGACAUCCAUGUUAGCCAGUCCUACUCCUUCUUGGUCACCAUGGACCAAAAUGCCAGCACUGAUUACUAUGUUGUUGCCAGCGCACGCUUCGUUGAUGCAGCUGUUGUGGAUAAGUUAACUGGUGUUGCUAUUCUCCAUUACUCUAACUCCCAGGGUCCAGCCUCUGGCCCUCUUCCAGAUCCCCCAAAUGAUCAGUAUGACACAGCGUUCUCUAUAAACCAAGCAAGAUCCAUCAGAUGGAAUGUUACAGCUAGCGGUGCCCGCCCCAAUCCACAGGGCUCAUUCCAUUAUGGUGACAUUACUGUGACAGAUGUGUACCUGUUGCAGAGUAGAGCACCUGAGCUCAUAGAUGGAAAACUGCGCUCUACUCUCAAUGAGAUUUCUUACAUCGCGCCCUCGACCCCUUUGGUACUUGCACAAAUAUUUAAUGUCCCCGGGGUCUUCAAAUUGGAUUUUCCUAAUCAUCCUAUGAACCGACUACCAAAAGUUGACACAUCUAUUAUAAAUGGCACCUAUAAGGGCUUCAUGGAGAUUAUAUUCCAAAAUAAUGCCACAAAUGUGCAGAGCUACCACUUGGAUGGCUACGCAUUCUUUGUCGUUGGGAUGGAUUAUGGUUUAUGGACAGAAAAUAGUCGUGGCACCUAUAACAAAUGGGAUGGUGUUGCACGCUCUACAAUCCAGGUAUUCCCUGGAGCUUGGACAGCUAUUCUUGUGUUUCUGGACAAUGCAGGCAUUUGGAACUUGCGUGUUCAGAACCUUGACACCUGGUACUUGGGUCAAGAAGUGUACAUAAAUGUUGUUAACCCAGAGGACAACAGCAGCACUAUUCCAGAUAACGCAAUUUUCUGUGGUGCACUCUCAAGCCUACAGAAGUUCGCCGGCCGGGACCCUCGCGGGGAGAAGAGGAUGUUCCGGGCCCGGUACUGGGUCAGCCGCCUCGACUGCCUCUUCGACAACAGCCACUGGACGGGGGAUCAGCAAGUACUAAGGAAAAGAAAAACUGAGUUGGGUGGCACAUUUUCAGUUGCUAGCUUGAUCAUCUUCACUGGAUUAUUGACUGUGCUCUUGUAUCAAGCGAUCAAAAGGCGCAGCCUUGAGAUGCAUCGAGUCAAGCCAGCCAACGCUCCGGACCUGCUGUCUUUCGUGAACGAUCUUGAAUUCCACAUCACAACCGUCUCCAGCAUGUCCUGCACUCAAGCAGUUGCUCCUUUGACGGUAGCAAUGGGGACACCCGGGUUCAUGGACUUCAGGGUGGUUCCCCUGCCAGCACUGUUCAACUACAGCUGCACAAACACGAGCCAGGGGCCAUCCAUUACGCUCAGGUGCAAUGGAUGCCGGGUCCCUCCGAGAGACCACUACGUGUCCUGGCAAUUUGUCGACCUGCCAGGGCAGCCAGCAACCGCUGUUGGUUUCCAGUUCAACCUGACCGCAAGGCAACAUGGCAACAAUCAGCACAUGAGCUUUGUGAGUGGUACGAUGAACUCUGACGGUUACGCUGAUGAUGGCAAGUUGAAGACGUUUAGGGGAAGAGAUUCCAAUGUUCUGAAGAUCCAGCUGUUCCCUCAGAUAUACAACAAUCUUGGUAACCUGAGGCUCUUGCAGCCACUGGUUCAGGACUUCACUCAAGGAUCUACAUUUUCUGAUGUUGGCAGCUUGAAUUCAUCUCUGCAGAACCCCAGGGAUGGAGUGGUGAAUACUACUCUUUACAUAAGUUAUCUCUCAGACUACAUUGUGGAGAUCAGCAAAGAGAGUGUAGUAGGACCAGUUAGUGUACUCGCAAGUAUUGGUGGCCUUUAUGCCUUCAGUGUGGCAAUUUGUCUCUGCCUCAUGGCUCAAUGUGAAGCAAGGAUAAAGAAGCUUCAUGAUGAGGAUACCAGAAUGCUGAAAAUUCUGAGCAAACGACGAGCUCAGCGAAAUUGGGACAAGGUGCGGAAGUUUGUCAUGUAUACCUGGGGUCUAAGCAGCCUGGACCCAUCUGAUAGAACUGGUAAGCAGCCUAAAGGGUCAAUGAUGGAUUCUCUGCAUAUGAGAAGAGAUCCAGUUAGAGAAGGAAUCUAAGAUGCUAACAGACCUAAUAGAGUUCCUGAUGAAAUGGGGGAAGUUGACAUAGAAAGAGCUGAGGGAAUGCAGCAUUCAGGCAGUUCAAGAUAGCCUUGAUGGAUCAAGGCUUUAGAUGCAAAGUUGACAUAGCCACUUUGACUAAUUCCCACCCCUUACUGACAUCCUGCGUUCAAGGCUUUAGAUGCAAAGUUGACAUAGCCACUUUGACUAAUUCCCACCCCUUACUGACAUCCUGCGUAGAUGGAUCGUUUGAAAAUUUCCCCUUUGCAUAGUCCUGUGCUCCCUGAUCGACGUACCUGAACCGUGACUCAUGUUGGGUUUCAACUCUAGGCUACCCCAACUUGCUUGGGACUAAAAGGCUUUGUUGUGGUUGUGGUUGUUGUUGUUGUUGUUGUUGUUGUAUAGUCCUGUGCUCCCUGAAGAUUUGUCAAGACAAGGAGCAAAAAUUGUAGAGAGGCAGAUUGUCCUUGUUGGUUGCACCUGAAGCUGCAGAGGUAGACUUCCGCCAUGUUCCUGGUAUAACUUCACUAGUCACCACCCAGUUGUUAUUUUCUAGUUAGCAUUACACUAAGUCACUAACACAUUAACAGUAUACAAAACUAGCAUCCUAUUGUGUCAUGAAUUUGUGAUUGGUUACUCAGCUGGUGCUUGGUCAGAAUGACUCCAAUAUUGACAUGGAUGAUUAGAAUUACUUCCCCAACUUUUGUUCCUAUCCUGAAACAAAUACCAGUUUUAAUAAACUGAAAGUUGUCCCCUG